AGUCUUUUAAUUCUGCUGAAUAACGAGCAGAUCAGAUGGGUUAAUCUUAUUUUAUAAGGAUCAUUCCUCACAAGCCAAUUAUUCCUCUUGUGUUGUUUUAGUAACUUGCAAGAUGAGAGGCUUUUUAGUUGUUUUGCUGAUGGGAAUAUGCCUUCCAUCUUUAGUUUUGUCACAAUUGGCUUGCUCCAGAUGCUACGGUAACAGUUUUUGCAAUAACGCCUCCCAUCCAGAUUAUGCAACUGGUAUUAGACAAGCUACGUGCAAUGUUCAGGUGGAUUUUGAAAACGACGAUCCAAUAGAGCUCAAAAUUCAACAAGCAAUUAACGCAGUUUCUUUGAAAGAACUAGGAGGACAAAAUGCUACUUUGCUCAAUACAUGGCAGGAAGGACAUUGCAUAACUGCUACUGUUCAUGAACCUCACGAUAGUCACACUCUGCGUACCUGCGUAGUCAGAACGCUCAACGCAAAUGUGACCACAAGCCUUUGUGAAUUGAUAAAAACUAUUAUUUCACCACUGAAUUGGUAUGAAGGAAACUUUACUUGCCGAACUUGCAAUGGAAGCCAUUUUUGCAAUAAUUUUACACUGAAUUAUGGAGAUGGGCUAGGUGACUCUCGAGCCUCCUAUUCGGAGAGAACUGCAUCGUUUUCAAUUUUCCUGGGGUUAAUUGUAUUUGUCGCAUCAGUUUAUGAAAUUAUAUAAAUGUGCCUUGAUACUUGCUACUAAGACAUUAAAAAUAGCUUUAGUAAGUGUACGUUUUUAAACUGUUUAUUUCUGUCGUUGUUUUGCACAUAUAUUUCUUUCUUUUAUAACGUU